GUAGCAUCAUAAUACACACAAAGAAAAAAGCUAUCAGCUCGCUUUGUUCAAGUGGUAACAGUGGCGGAAGACCUGGGUCAGAAUGUCUGCGCCUUGUCCUGUGCAUAGAGGAGGAUGGAGAUUACAUUUCAUAUUUCAAAUAUGGUAUUCUAUGAUCGUCCUCAUCUUGGCUGUAGCGGUCUCUUACAUAUACCUUUUCUCGUAUGCGUCUGUGAAAAAUGGCAUCAAGUGGUUCGGUAGGUCGGAAAUGCAGGUGUAUCGCAACUGGACAUGUGUUUGUAUGAUUUCCUGUUUGUUCUUUCGUAUCGUUCGAAGCGUCGCAUCCCAUGUUGCGUGAGCGUUGAGGUCGAUGAUGGAAGGUGCGCUGGCUGAAACCGUUAAUGGAAAUAGUGAAGUUUAUCCAAGUAGACUAGUCCAGAUCCCUGGCAUUUCUACCCUUGCCUAUCUCGCUUCACUACCUUUCCUCCGGCUCGAGCUCACCUCUCAUUAGGUCCC